GGGAGUGAUGGUCCCUUCAAUCCCGACCAACAUUAAGGGCAUGCAAAUUCACUGAGGCGUGAACGCCAUAACAAGGAAACCCGGCAUUUGAGCCGAAAAGGUUGAAGAAGGUGUCUGACAAAGGACUUAAUUUAGACAGGUACACAGGAUUUAGACUAACACAGGUAUACACACGAGCCUUACAUAUGUAUACCAGUUCAUCGAAUAUGUACAGUACCUGACAGCUAGUGUAGGAAAAGACAGUGUUUAAUGUCAACUCGGAUGUUCGUAGAACCUGUCUGAGGAAAUCAACGUUUGAUUCAUUCAUAACUGGAUUACGUCAUUUUGAAAAGUACAGGUAUAAAUGCUGAUGACUCAAUAGUUUUACUGUGGAUUUCUAGUUUCAAGUGCGAAUACAAUGUAUCACAGAUGAGUUUUAGUAUGGUCUUGUACCGGAACUGACGUCAUUACCUCGCCCCACCGAAGACUGUGGGCGUGUCCACUGCCUCGACGGAUGUUGGAGGGAGGGCCAUGUUUUUGCCAUGUGUGUUGGUGUUCAGUCUGCUGUUCACUGCCUGUCUAGCGAUAUCUUCGGAAAUUGUCCUGGAUCACACCAACUGUCUUCUGAGACAGACAUACAAAGUGGACAAGACGGGUGUUCUGGCCACGUGGCGAGGGGCGCCUCUCGAAAACUGUCUCAUCAAAUUAACACGUGACACGACUCAGAGCGAGGCUAUAUGUGUGGACGUGACGACCUUGAACAUCAGUGAAGGUCAAUGCCCUCCUGAUAUACAAAUGUUUGCCGGAUAUUCUGGGACACCUUUUCAGGUGUCGAACUGUGAUACAAGUCCCGUGAGGAAAUGUAUGACGUCAGAAUUCGCCUCUCUGAAGCUGGAGGCCAACGCGUCAUCGUCCGUCCUUGCCGUCCGUAUAUCCACUAAUACAUCUUUCAAGUCGGCCCAUCCGACCCAGUCCCCAGCUGAUCCAACCGUGACGAGCGGGCUUCCCCUUAGUGCAAUCAUCGGAAUCAUGGUUGGAGUGUUCAUUCCAGUAAUCAUCGUUGUCAUCGUCGUUGCUGUUAUUUGUCUCAGACGCACAAAUAAACCUUUAGAUGACAACGGCAUUGUUUAUUAUCCGCCUAAAAUACAAGAACCUGCCUCCGAACUAACCAACGGCUCCACUGAUAUCGAUCCGUCCCAUCUGCUUCACAGUCCGCCAACCAUUACUGAUGACGAUGAUAUCAGCCAGGAAAUCUCACAGUCAAUGCGUCUGUCCGCCGUGGUGUGAACUUAACCUUCUUAGUGGUGCAUGUGAUGACCUUGACCUUUCCUGGAAAGGAAAAUUCAUGAUUUGCUGAUUGUCAUGUGUAUGAUAAGAAAUGAUUCAUCUCAUAGUUCUUGUAUUUAUUGUGUAAAUUGAAAAACUGCGAGUUUAAGACCUUAAAAAGUAUUGCUGCCGUUUAAUAAGUGUGAAAAUUCCUAUUGGAAGAACAGUAUCUGAGUGAGCUGUGGAUCCAAACAUUUCAGCCGGGUUUCCAUGAUUAUUUCACUGAACUGGAAGUUUUGCAAAACAAUUACACACGUGCAAGAUAUAAAAUGUGAUGGGUCAAAGGAACAGAAGGUUGAAUUGUAAAAUUCCGAAAGUUAUUCAACAAUUGAUUUACAGCAAUUAGCUGGAGGUUGAUGAACAAUAUUACCAGAAAUCUGACAGUUCUACUGUACAUGGUGAGGGAUGUAAAGUGUUUAGUGCAUAUCGAGUAGAUCCACUUGUUUAACAAGAAGAUUGCCUAUUAAUCAGUGCCUUGAUGUGGGAAAAGGUCUUUAAUUAUGUUGACUCCUGUUUGAUGUAGUGUAUAAAAAUAUUGAUAAGAGAAAAACGCUCAUCCAUUGAUAUCAUCUGGAUACCAGGAACUUGAACUGCAUUAGUAUGUCAAGAACCAUUCAUCAUGGUAAUUUUGUUAGAUAUCCAACCAUCUGCGAUUUUGUCCAAUGACUCGCGGUUAAUAGUAGAUCUGAUCAUUGCUGUCUUGUGGACAAGAUUUUCAUCAUCGAACAACUUAACAUAAACUAUACCUGAGUCAUUAAAACCAUUACAUAAACCAUUAAAAUCAUUACUUAAACCAUUAAAAUCAUUACUUAAACCAUUAAAAUCAUUGCAUAAACCAUAAAAAUCAUUAAACCAUUAAAAUCAUUACUUAAACCAUUAAAAUAAAUACAUAAACCAUUAAAAUAAUUACAUAAACCAUUAAAAUCAUUACUUAAACCAUUAAAACCAUUACAUAAACCAUUAAAAUCAUUACUUAAACCAUUAAAAUAAUUACUUAAACAAUUAAAAUCAUUACUUCAACCAUUAAAAUAAUUACAUAAACCAUUAAAAUCAUUACUUAAACCAUUAAAAUCAUUGCUUACACCAAUAAAAUCAUUACAUGAAGCAUUUGACCCAUUAGAAUCACACCUGGACCAUCAAUUAAACCAUUACGUCAACCAGUCAGGAGUAUGUAUUGUCCAGUACACCAGCAUUAUCGCGAGUCAUUUUGUCUCACCUUAAAUAAAGCGUUUGAUGGUCCUGAUUUGCAGAUACAGCUCAAGAUAUGUGAGAUUAUCCCACUCUUUAAUAGGGCUUGUUUAGAUAGUUAAUCAGAUACCCCACUCUUCACAGGGAGCUGGGAAUAGUCAUCAUAACGUUGGUUAACAUAGGCCUGUCUAGGUUCUGUUCAGCAUCUCUAUGGUGAGUUUACACUACCAUAGAGGGGUGUCAUUAUUACCAAACAUUGAUUUAACUCAUACCUUUACCCUACCCGCCAAACACACACACAAUAUAUAAAUAUAUAUCUUUAAGAAAAUCUUUUUUAAAAAAUCAUUUUAACCGACCAGGGUAGGUUCAUAUUUACCCGACGUUAACAAGUUCUCGGAUCCCUGUGAUAUUGGUGACUGAAUAGUAACUGGAGAUAUGAUCAUACUGUGUACAAAAGUUCUAGGUAUAGAAAAUUAAAAAUGAAAAUAUAAUACCACUUGUUGUUAAAGACCUCAUCACGGGUGAAAGCUGAAUAAACUGUCACCUUUUCCAGUUGGCGAUGACCUUCCUUCUAUUGAAUGAGUGAUAAAAAACCGUAGAAUGAAUUUAGUAAUCGGACGGGUGAUUUUAGCCCUUUUUUGUCAGUAAUAUAUCCUGUUGUUAAAUGAGUGAUAUUUUUUUUUUUUUUUUUUGGAAACCGAUAUCAUAAGAUGGGACCAAAAGGUAUAAUGACGUCUUACUAACUUGAUCGGUAAACAGAUAUUAGACAAAAUUAUAAAGUUUUCAGUUUUUGAUUAAAUGUGUUUUCCGUCUCCCCAGAAUUCAUUUUUAAUAACAUAAAUAGAUAUGAAUUUGCGCUCCAUUUUCUUUAUUCAGUCAAAAGAAAUCCAUGCUUAUCUAGAGACGUUUCUGUGGGAGUCAAUCCACAUGGAUUUGAUAGUCUUGUUUUUUAUCAGAACUGGAACAGAUCUCAGCUAUUAGGUUUUACUGUGCAUAGAAAUCAAUUAAUUAGCGAAUGGUGAUUUUAAUACCUUAAUUACCCCCAAGGUACCUAAUUAACGUGUGGUUAUCACCUGUACAUAAGAUAUCAGUAAUUAUUUCAGUGUAACAUGUAAAUAAUGUUAAUGUAUUUGUACAGAAUGGUACUCAAAAUUGACUUAUUGUGUUCACAUAAUUUGUGUAAGAAGAAAUAAAACAAUUCCAAAAAGAC